CCCUGCUCAAGAAGUGAACCCAUCCCCUCUCUUUUCCCCCCCCUUCAACUCCAAAUAUUACAAUCUUCGAGGAUCGCCCGACAAGAUAAACAUUCAAGAUGUCGGACGUAGAAGAGAACAACGCCCCCGAGGUCGCCGAUGAGGUCGAGGUUUCCGCCGACGCCCCCAAGGGCCAGAUGUCCGUUCUCGAUUCCCUCAAGGGCGUCCUGAAGCUGGCUCUGAUGCACGACGGCCUUGCCCGCGGUCUCCGUGAGGCUUCCAAGGCCCUCGACCGCCGCCAGGCUCACAUGUGUGUCCUGAACGAGAACUGCGAGGAGGAGGCCUACAAGAAGCUGGUCGUCGCUCUCUGCGACGAGCACAAGAUCCCCCUGAUCAAGGUUCAGGACGGCAAGCAGCUCGGCGAGUGGGCCGGUCUCUGCGUCCUCGACCGUGAGGGCAACGCUCGCAAGGUUGUCAACUGCUCUUGCGUCGUUGUCAAGGACUGGGGUGAGGAGUCGCAGGAGCGCUCCAUCCUCCUGAACUACUUCCAGACCUCGCAGUAAACGUGCUGCAUGGACGGCGUUGAAAUGAAGGGUAUAGAGGCGCGGGCUGGCUUUGGGUCCGCCGGAAACGACACUUUGCGGUUGUACUCUAGCCUUUUUCGGCUGGCAUCUGGAUUUGGUAUCUGGCCUCACGGUUGGCCCAUCUUGCAUGAGACGGGAAUCAAAAAAACAAGGGAAAUCACCAAUGUUUUGGCCACUUGUUUCAUGUGACGCAAAGUGUAUUUGGAUGUGAAGUACUACAUGCUGUGUCUGGUGAUGUCACUAUUUGCGUCCCUCAACCUAGCAGAAUGUCAGUUCGCUUAGCUUGCGUUCUCAUCUUCGAAGACACGAACC